UUGAGGAAUCAACUUUUUGAAAAUGCUGUUAAAAUAAUUAUAGAAUAAUUCAUCAAUUCAAAACUGCCAGUUUUCUUCUCCGCUCGCGAGCAUCAGCUCCCCCAAAAUCAAUGGCUAGGGCUCCGACUAAGCACGGCCGCGAUCAAGCGCUGGAUUUCCAGGGGUUUUUGAACGACUUGCAGGAUUGGGAGAUGUCACUUAAUGACAAAGACAAGAAACAGAAGAUGCGAGGCCUUGACAAACGUGAUAUGGUGUCAUCUCCUCAGAAUAUUGGGUUAGUUGGUGAGGAUAGAAGACCCAUGACAAAUGCUCCUGCAUCUCAUAGUUCAAGUACAGUAAGACAAUAUCAUUACUCAACAAAAUAUGAUACAAUCAGGAAUUUGUCAAGUGGUUUCAUGCCAGAAGAGAGUUCUCUUGAUGCUGCAUCAGAGAAGGAAUUGGGAAAUGAAUACUUUAAACAGAAGAAGUUUCAAGAAGCAAUUGAGUGCUAUUCUCGGAGCAUAGCGUUAUCACCAACUGCAGUAGCUUAUGCAAAUAGGGCAAUGGCUUAUCUAAAAAUAAAAAGAUUUCAAGAGGCUGAGGAUGACUGCACAGAGGCCUUAAAUUUAGAUGAUCGUUACAUUAAAGCAUACUCACGUCGAUCAACAGCCAGAAAAGAACUUGGAAAAUUGGAAGAAUCAAUUGAAGAUGCUGAGUUUGCCUUGAGGUUGGAGCCUCACAACCAAGAAAUCAAAAAGCAGUAUGCUGAAGUCAAAUCAUUAUAUGACAAGGAAAUGCUGAAACAGGCAUCUGAAUCCUUGAGAAGCUCUGUGCAAGAAUUACCAACAGUGAGAAAGCCAAAGGUAGAAGUGAACGGACAACUGGGGUGUGCAUCAAAUAGUUCUGAGAAAAUGAGAGCUGCUGCUAUUCAGGAAAAUAGCAACAAGGACAGUGACUGCCAGCAAGUUCCUACAAAAGCACCUACAUCUGUGCUGGAAAUGGAAAGCAAACGCUCUAGACUCAGAGAACAAGAAGGAAAUCUUGAAAAGCAAGAGCUGAAAGCAUCAGUGCAGGAGCUUGCUGCUCGAGCAGCCUCUUUUGCUAAGGUUGAAGCUGCAAAAAACAUCACACCGCCAAAUUCAGCUUAUGAGUUUGAGCUUUCUUGGCGAGGACUUGCUGGUGACCGUACUUUACAAGCUCGUUUGUUGAAGGUCACAUCACCAGUUGCACUACCACAGAUAUUUAAAAAUGCCUUGUCUGCUCCAAUGCUAAUUGACAUUAUUAAGUGUAUUGCCACCUUUUUCAAUGAAGAAAUGGAUUUGGCUGUGAAAUAUUUGCAGAAUUUAGUCAAGAUCUCAAGAUUUGACACAAUCAUUAUGUGUCUUGCUUCUACAGAUGGAGCUGAUCUGCAGAAGAUAUGGGAUGAUGUAUUCUGCGGCAAUUCAACUCCAAUGGAGUAUGUAGAGAGGCUUGAUAAAUUGCGCCCCAGAUAUUGCCGGAAGCGGUGAUGGAUACCGGUUUUAAGGAAAGCGUCACAAACAAUCAAAUUGUUCUCUCUAAUCUCUAAUAUCAUUUCACACUUAUGUUCCUGUUAUAAGAGUGCUGCUCUCUCUAUGAGCUUUGGUUGAUGAACUUUUUUAAUUUUUUUUAAUUUUUUUUUUUUUUUUGGGGGGGGGGGGUCAAGUACAGUUCUAAUACGAUAUGAAAGAGUUCCCAUCCAGUGAUGCCCGAUGUCAAUAUAUAUAUAUCCCCCAAGUCAGAAAUCCAGUUCAGCAGCUAGGUAUGUCCUAUUUCAUUAUGAACCCUUUAUUAGUACAGUCGAAAUGGUCAAUGGAGUUUGACAUGAAUGGCAUUGAUGGCAGAAGGGGGUCAUGUGAUUGCAGUGUAUUUAUAUUAUUGAUGAAAAUUGUACCUGGUGUUGUAGUUGAGCCCAGUUAUUUGUUAUUUGCAAGCGGCUCUACGUUCGGGCUGAUAAAAUUUCAUUCUAGUUCGUUUCUUAAAAUAAAUAAAUUGAGUUUAAAUUUAA